CGACGAACAAACGAUAGCCUUUGUCCUCAGCUUGCUUUCUCUUCCUCUUCCUCCUCCUCCUCCUCGCCACUCUCGUCUCUUUUUGACUCUCUCUUGCCUGCUCUUGCAACCAUGAACGUGGUCGAGUGGGUUUUUGGCAAACGGACGACGCCGCAGGAGCGUCUGCGCAAGCACCAACGAUCGCUCGAGAAAGCUCAGCGCGAGCUGGACAGAGAACGACAGAAACUCGAGCAGCAAGAGAAGAAACUGAUUGCUGAUAUCAAGAAGUCUGCAAAGGCGAACCAGAUGGGCGCAUGCAAGAUCCAAGCCAAGGAUCUUGUGCGGACACGAAAAUAUAUCCAGAAGUUUUACCAGAUGCGGACGCAGUUGCAGGCCGUCGCUCUGCGGAUCCAGACUGUACGGAGUAACGAGCAAAUGAUGCAGAGCAUGAAGGGUGCAACAAGACUCCUCGGCUCGAUGAACCGCAGCAUGAACCUGCCGCAACUUCAGAAGAUCGCGAUGGAGUUUGAGAAAGAGAACGACAUCAUGGACCAGCGACAGGAGAUGAUGGACGACGCCAUAGACGAUGCGAUGGACGACGAAGAAGAAGAAAGCGAGGAUGUCGUCAACCAAGUCCUCGAUGAGAUCGGAAUCGACCUCUCGCAAGCUGUAAGUCAAGUCUAUGAUUCCGUACAGUAUCCCGAUUUAUGAACAAUGAUAUGACUAACCAUGCUCUAUUUAGCUCGGCGAGACUCCCAGUGGACUCGGAGUCAAGCAAGGAGAGGCGCAGGCCGAGUCUUUGAAGAUGUUGUAAGUGAGUUGGUAGGAUAUGUGGAGUAUGUUCUGUGUUGGUUGUAGUUAUUGUCUUUUAAUUGUCUUUUUGCAAUGUAUCUGAUUCAAGCACCUCUGUAGUCGUCAGCGCCUGCUCCUCUUCAAGUAGUCAGUCUCCAGCACCUGCUCUCUCUUCGAGUAGUCAGUAAUCAGUAGCAUAUGCAAUUACAUAUCUGCUUAGAGACGAUCUUUCUCACGUGACAGUGA